GUCGUAUCACGUGAUUUUCUGAUCUUGAUAAAAGAAGAAGAAGAAGAAGCAAGUACACUAUUAUUUAUACAGUUAUAUAUAUAUAUAUAUAUAUAUGAGAUUCUAAAAAUUAGGUAGCUCUCUCUCAGCUAAGAUUUGAAAAUUGAAUCUCAGUAGUGUUAAGUGUUAAAGUUUAAAGAAAGAGGCAUGGUGAAGGAGACAGCGUAUUAUGAUAUAUUGGGCGUUCACGUCGACGCAUCUGCCGCCGAAAUUAAAAAGGCCUACUAUCUCAAGGCAAGGGUAGUUCACCCUGACAAAAAUCAGGGAGAUCCAAAAGCUGCUGAAAAUUUCCAGGCACUUGGUGAGGCUUAUCAGGUCUUAAGUGAUCCUGAGAAGCGUGAAGCAUAUGACAAGCAUGGAAAGGAAGGACUAUCAUCGGACUCCAUGGUGGACCCUUCAGCUGUGUUUGGGAUGGUUUUUGGUAGUGAGUUCUUUGAUGAGUAUGUUGGGCAACUUGCAUUAGCUUCUUUGGCGUCGGUGGACAUGGAUGAAUUCUCACAAGAUCCUGAGGCCAAUAAGCAAAGAAUUCGGGAGAAAUUUAAGGCAUUGCAGAAUGAAAGGGAAGUAAAGCUCAUAACAAUACUGAAAGAUCGCCUUCAACCAUUUGUACAAGGUAGCAGAGAUGAGUUCAUAAAUUGGGCAAAUUCAGAAGCACGACGUCUCUCAAAAGCUGCUUUCGGUGAGGCUAUGCUACAUACAAUUGGCUAUAUCUACACAAGGAAAGCUGCAAAAGAAAUUGGAAAAGACAAAAGGUACAUGAAGGUACCCUUUUUAGCAGAAUGGGUUCGAGAUAAAGGACACCAGAUAAAAUCACAAGUGAUGGCGGCUUCAGGUGCCGUGUCUUUAAUUCAGAUACAGGAGGACUUGAAGAAGAUGAACCAAUCAGAGAGCAAUGAAGAGGACCUACUGAAAACCCUUGAACAAAAGAAGGAUGCCAUGCUUAAUUCCCUUUGGCAGAUUAAUGUGGUUGAUAUUGAGUCAACUCUAUCUCGUGUCUGCCAUGCAGUUCUCAAAGACCCUACUGAAUCCAAGGAUGUUCUGAGGCUACGGGCCAAAGCAUUGAAAAAGUUGGGAACAAUCUUCCAAGUAGGGAGCCAAGGCUCCUUACGGUAGAGAAAACAGCCUGCGACGUGAAAGUGACCCAGCAAUAGCCGGUGCUUCAUCAUCAUAGUAAUCUUGUCACUUAUCUGGGCACCUGUUUCAUUUUAUUGAUGUGUUUGGCAUAUUGGAUGUGGUGGGUUUCGUUUGUGCGUCUUCUUAUUCAUUUAGUGGAUGUUGAGCAGUAUUUUUUGCUGGUGAUUCUAUUAUAUUUGACCUCCCCACCCCCCCACCCAAUGGAUUACAUCUUGUCCAUUUGUAAGAUAAUGGAUUCUUUAGCUAGCAUUCUAUAAAUUCUCAAGGAGUACAGUAGUAGACAAUUUAAUGACUGAGGGUUCUUAUUUUCAUUACCAA